GGUCUCCAGAAGGCUGCGAUGGAAGGACGUGCGUGAAUGGUCUGACUCUGCCUCCCGGCACCGGACCCAGGCCGUACAAGCCAGAGAGAUGCCGGAGCACCUGCCAGGGAACUCCAUCCCUCCUCUAACCUCCCUCUCUCCCCACCACCACGUGCAGCGAUCCGUGAGGUCCUCCGCUGAGGCUAAGAACACCAUGCCUAUCACUAAGACCCCUAAGACCACCCACCCCUUGUGGGUGGAGUGGGAUCAGAAGGCCCAGAAGAGCGGCCUGAGACACGAGGUUUAUGCUGUCAAUGGCGACUGCUAUGUUGGAGAAUGGAAGGACAACAACAAACACGGGAGAGGAAUCCAGAGGUGGAAAAAAAGUGGUGCUAUCUACCAUGGAGAAUGGAAGUUUGGGAAGAGAGAUGGGUAUGGGACCCUCAGCCUUCCUGACCCUGUGAAUAAGUAUAAGAAGGUCUACUCUGGCUGGUGGGCAAACGACAAAAAAGCUGGCUAUGGCAUCCAGUACUAUGGGCCCAAGGAGUACUAUGAAGGAGGAUGGAAGGACGGCCUUCAAAGCGGAUGGGGCCGCAUGUACUAUGCCAAUGGAGACAUCUACGAGGGCCAGUGGAGUGAGGGCCGGAGAGAUGGGGAGGGCAUGCUCCGUCUAAGUAAUGGGAACCGCUAUGAAGGUUGUUGGAAAUAUGGGAUGAAGAAUGGAACUGGCCGCUUCUUCCAUCUGGACCACGGGCAGCUCUUUGAGGGCUUAUGGGUGGAUGACGUGCCCAAAUGCGGAACCAUGAUCGACUUUGGUCGGGACGAAGCCCCUGAGCCCACCAAGUAUCCCAUCCCAAAGAUUGAACUGCUGGAUCCCGAUAAAGUGUUGGAGGAAGCUGUAGCCAUGUUCCUCCAGGAGGAAGACUGAAACCAUCACUAGAAGCAACAAAAGGCUGGAUCAGUGGAAGCAACGGAUGAGGAAACUGGCUCAGAGAGGGCACCUACUUUGCCAAGGUCACAGAGUGUUAGCGGCAGAGGGCAGGAAGGGAGCACCAGGCUCCUGGCUCCCAAUCUGGGGGCUCUGUUCACUGACCAUCAAGAUGUCUACUCCCCGUGCCCCUUUUCAUCCAAAAGUGUUACAUGAAGAGUGUUUUGUGGGAUCUUUCUUUAAUCUGAGUAAAAAUCUGGUCAUCAGAAUUUCUCA